GGGUUACGGUUAGGGUUUAGGGUUAGGGUUUAGGGUUAGGGUUAGGGUUAGGGUUCAGGGCUAUGACUUAUGAGGAGAAGAACGAUGUGAUUCAGUGUUUAGCGGUCCAGUAUUAUCUCCCUGCUCCACACCUUGAUUGUAGUACUGUUGUUGUUGGUUGAAUUGCUCAUCUAUGGAGUAUCACUUUACGUUUACGAGAUUUUUCAAGCUUUCUUAUGCUGCAAUAACUAUAAUUAUGGUGUAGUUUUUAUUUUAAUGGAGUCAUGUCACAACUUGCAACUUACAACUUACAACUUACGAGAUUCUGUUGAAACUUGCUAACUCUGGCUAAAACCCCAAAAGCUGUUGUAGUAUCAUUACAACAUUCUGUAAUGCCUAAUUCAUGGUUUCGUUCAGUUUUUAUUGCAAAAAGGAGGCAAUUUCGUUUGAGAUUUCUCUACCAAUCAACUUCUUUGGAUUUGGUUUAUUGUAAAAACGGUAUAUUGGUUGAUCACCAACUUUCAAAAUCCUAUUGCAAUGGAAGAAAUGUUCUAAAUUCAUCCACAAGCCCUCGUUCCUGCAAUUUUGGGUCAUCUAGAGGUUAUUGGGUAAUUGGAAGUGGCAGAAUUGGAGUGGGAGGCUGUUUUGGCUUAGGUAUUAGCUCACCUUUAAGCUAUAAAUACAUGGGUAUUGCCCGUUUUUCGGGUAUGCCGGAGCCUAGCAUAUGUGUAAUGGAAGAGUCUGAAGGGAAAACCAAAAGUUUAAGCCAUAAAUUGGUGGACUUUACACAGAUUGACAAGGAGUUGCUUCCUUCUGUAAUCAUUGUGGGACGGCCAAAUGUGGGUAAAUCUGCCCUCUAUAACCGUUUAAUUCGACGAAGAGAAGCACUUGUGUAUAAUACACCUGAUGAUCAUGUAACUCGUGAUAUACGGGAAGGAAUUGCAAAACUUGGUGAUUUACGAUUUCGAGUACUUGAUUCUGCUGGCUUAGAAGCAGCAGCUACCUCUGGUUCUAUCCUUGAACGAACGGCAGAUAUGACAGCGAAUGAAAUAUCUAGAUCUUCCGUUGCCCUCUUCUUGAUUGCUGCUAGAGAUGGCUUACAAACGAUGGACCUGCAAGUUGGGAAGUGGCUGCGUAAGCAUGCACCUGGAAUUAAUAUUAUUCUUGUGAUGAAUAAAUCUGAAUCGCUAGAUGAGUCAGAUGGUACAUUGGCGACGGCUGCUGGCGAAGCAUAUGGAUUAGGCUUUGGGGACCCUAUCGCUAUAUCUGCAGAGACUGGACAAGGAAUGGCCGAAUUGUAUAGUGCAUUGAAGCCCGUGCUAGAGAACCAUAUGCUCCAAGUUUUAAAUGAUGGUGCUACACAAGACAGUUGCUCUCCUGAGUCUGAAGAAUCUAAGCUGCCCCUACAGCUGGCAAUUGUUGGUCGGCCCAAUGUUGGAAAGUCGACCUUAUUGAAUACUUUAUUACAACAAGAGCGUGUUCUAGUGGGACCAGAAGCUGGUUUGACAAGAGAUUCUAUUCGAGCUCAGUUUCAGUAUGACAGGAGAACUGUGUAUUUGGUUGACACCGCUGGGUGGUUGGAGAGGACAAAAGAGAAAGGACCAGCUUCAUUGAGCAUUAUGCAGACAAGGAAAAAUCUUAUGCGGGCUCAUGUAGUUGCAUUGGUACUUGAUGGAGAAGAGGUUGCCAAGACCAGGAGGAGCUUGAAGCAUGGUGAAGUAGUUAUUGCUAGACAGGCCGUGGAAGAAGGACGUGGCUUGAUUGUGAUUGUGAACAAAGUGGAUCUUUUGAAAGGAAAACAGAAAUCCAAAUCAUACGAAGAUGUCAUCAAGGCUGUUCCUGAAGAGAUCCAGAAACUUAUACCUCAGGUGACUGGAAUACCAGUUAUAUUUGUUUCUGCACUGGAGGGAAAAGGUCGGAUAGCAGUCAUGCGUCAGGUUAUAGAGACUUACGAGAAAUGGUGUAUGCGACUAUCAACAGCUCGGCUUAAUCGUUGGCUGCAAAAGGUUAUGAGCAGGCACUCUUGGAAAGAUCAGGCUGCACAACCAAGGAUCAAGUACUUCACACAAGUUAAGGCUCGGCCACCAACAUUUGUUGCCUUUGUGAAGGGGAAAACUGAGUUAUCUGAUGCCGAAAUACGAUUUUUGACGAAAUCUUUGAAAGAAGACUUUGAUAUGGGUGGAAUCCCAAUUCGAAUAUUGCAACGGUCUCUAUCAAGACACGAUGCGACUUCCAAGAGCUCCUCUAUUAAGAGUAAUCAUAUAGGGAAACUGGUAGAAAGGGCAUCUUCCGAUAAACGGAGUAUUUAAAGAGGACGAGAUGAGGUUGUGAAUUCAACAUAAUCAUAUUUUUUUCGUCUUUCAUUCUUUCCCGUGCCAAUUGUGCCAAAAGCCCUUGUAUUGAAGAGGAGGUUCUAUGUUCUACUAGUCUUAUAUUGCUGUAUAUAUUUAUAUAUAACUUAAAUAAGGAACGGAGAUGAUUGCUACGAAUGGGCGUGAAAAGAACAAAAGUAGAGGAAGAUAAUCAUCGAAAGAGACACUCAAUUGGUAGUUGGUAAUUACGGCUUUGCGCUAUAAGUCUGAAGAAAUUUUCACUCUCGAGCUAUUAUUGAGGAUAUCAAAGCUAGGUUCUGAUUUUUUGACGCUAUUUCCUUUUGUUUUUGUGAAUGUAAAAGUGUGGCUCAUAGGUUAGCUCAUUACGGCUCGUCUAGUCUCUAUGAAGGCUUGGCUUGAUUGUAGUCCCGUUUAGAUCAUUGACAUUUUAAUUGCACAUUCAUUUUAUAGCCAAUAGUAGAUCUACUAAUUAUUUCAAUGCAUGGGUAUACAUGGUUGAAUAAUAGUAGGGAGUAGGGAGUAUGUAUUAUUUACAAAUUUUCUUUUAUUUAAAAACAUUUGUACGUAACAAA